UGUUUACACUCUACUAGGUGAAAGUUCAUGGCUCGGAGUCAAAGCCCAUAACACUGCACUGCUUCUGGUCCUGCAGUAACUUCUGGAAUCCUGCUCCAGCUGUUUCCUCGCUGUUUGGGGGGUUGUAUGGUGUCUUUUCUUCCUGCAGAGCAUUAUAUCUUACUUUGAGGUGUAAUAAUGGACAAUCAGGUGUUUGAAUCUGUGGCUGAGCGGACAUUCCAGUAUCAGUCUAAGCUGCCGCCGCUGCCCGUGCCAUCCCUAGAGGAAAGUCUCAAGAAAUACCUGGAUGCAGUAAAACCAUUUGCUUCCGAGGAUGAGUUCCGCAACACAGCAGCCAUCGUGAAACGCUUCGCAGAGGGAACUGGGAAGCAUCUUCAUCAACGACUCCUACAACGAGCCAAAAGCAAGCGCAACUGGCUGGAGGAAUGGUGGUUGAACACAGCGUAUUUGGAAGUCCGAAUGCCGUCUCAGCUCUAUGUCAACUUCGGAGGUCCAGGGCCGUAUUUGGAGCACUUUUGGCCACCGUGUGAGGGGACGCAGUUGGAGAGGGCCAGUUUGGCGACGUGGAUUACGCUUCAGUACUGGGACCUUAUCCGCACGGAGAAGUUAGCCGUUCAUAAAGCAGAAAACAUGCCUCUUGACAUGGAUCAGUUCCGCAUGAUCUUCUGUACCUGCAAAGUACCUGGGAUUACCAAAGACAGCAUUCUCAACUACUUUAAGACAGAAAGUGAAGGCCCAUGUCCCUCUCACCUCGUGGUCAUGUGUCGUGGGAGAAUCUUCACAUUUGAUGCUCUCUGUGAUGGACGCAUCCUCACUCCUCCUGAAAUACUAAGGCAGCUGACGUACAUUAAGGAGAGCUGUGAUGGAAAGCUUUGGGGUGACGGAGUGUCUGCUUUGACCAGUGAAGAAAGGACGAAAUGGGCUAAGGCCCGAGAGCAUCUUAUCUCAAUCGAUCCCGUCAACAAGACAAUACUGGAGACCAUCCAGAGCUCGCUGUUUGUUGUCGCACUGGACGAUGCCAAGCCAUAUUCCACCCCGGAGAAUUACACAUCGAUGACCCGGUUGGCCCUGACGGGAGACCCCACUAUCCGCUGGGGUGAUAAAUCCUACAACUGUAUCAUCUUCGCUGAUGGGACCUUAGCCUCAAACUGUGAUCACGCACCGUACGACGCCAUGGUCUUGGUGUCCAUGUGUUACUACAUAGACCAAAAAGUGAGGGCCUUUAAUGGAAACUGGAAGGGUACAGAAGUGGUCCGAGAUCUUCCUGAUCCCGAAGAGCUUGUGUUCACAGUAGAUGAAAAAGUCAAAAGCGACAUCGCAAUGGCUAAAGAGCAAUACAACAAAAGCACUCAGGAUCUUCAGAUCGUCUGCUAUGCCUUCACCUCCUUUGGGAAAGCAGCAAUCAAGAAGAAAAAACUUCAUCCAGACACCUUCGUUCAGCUGGCCAUGCAGUUAGCCUACUACAGGCAACAUGGAAAACCUGGAUGCUGUUAUGAAACCGCCACCACACGCCGUUUCUAUCAUGGCCGCACAGAGACCAUGAGGCCAUGCACAGUGGAAGCCAUACACUGGUGCAAAGUCAUGUUGAAUCCCUCUGCGACUACUGAAGAGAAAAGACAAGCACUGCUUCAAGCAUUCAGCAAACACAACAAACUAAUGCAUGAGGCUCAAAAUGGAAAAGGCUUUGACAGACAUCUUUUGGGCCUGUACCUGAUCGCCAAGGAGGAAGGACUUCCUGUUCCUGAGCUUUACUCAGACUCUCUCUACACUAAGAGUGGAGGAGGGGGGAAUUUUGUUCUUUCCUCCAGUCUUGUUGGCUACACAACUAUUCUGGGGGCCGUCGCUCCCAUGGUGCACCACGGCUACGGCUUUUUCUACCGCAUCCGUGACGACAGGAUUGUUGCUUCCUGUACAUCCUGGAAAUCCUGCCCGGAGACAGAGGCUGAAACGUUCUUUCAGAACUUGUGCACCUCCUUCCAUGACAUCAUGCAGGUCACGACCAUGUCCAACCUAUAGAGUGAAACUGUCUGGAAAACAGAGCAGUUUUAAUACAGAUUUCUGCUUUAUGUAAACAAGCUAGGUGUGAUUAAAGUGCCUUUAUCUGUAUUCAGUCUUACACUUCCAUGUAAUAGGAUUAAGCUUAUUAAAUAAACAAACUAAUAAUUGAAUCUGAUACAAUAUGAUAAUAGGAUUUAAUUUAGUAGUCUUUGAUCGAUAUAUGAGAAACCUUGUUCAGAAACUAGGCCUACCCUUAACUCAUAAAUGAGUUUUAGAAGUAUAAGUAUAUAGAGUUAUAUAGUAUAUAGAGUUGUUGAGAAAUCACCUUGAUAAGCAUUUUACAGACCAAUGUUGAGAGAAAUGGAAUUGCUUAAGUACAAGGAAUUUUCAAGUCAAAUCGUGACUUUUUGUGAAAAAACAGAACAUGUUGGUUGUAAAGACUUUUUUUUAUUUCUCUAUAUAAUGCUCUGCUACACUAAUGCACUUACUGUAUCCCAGCAUUUCACUAGUGCUUGAAUACCAGAGAAGAAGAAACCAGAAAAAAUUUAUGCUGAAGCCAUGAUUGAGCUAUUGAUUUCACACUGGCCUCCCAGGAACUCCUUUAAUAGCCCAAACAUGUGAAAAUGGCUUGCAGCAGAGUUAGGACUGCAUGAGGGAUGUGGCAAUAACUCUCAGCCGACAUACAUGUAGUUGAUCAGUCUUCAGCUUUAGUUAGGGCUAUGUUUUCCGUAAAAAAAACGAAACAAAAGAAAAAGAAAAAAACCAAGAUGUAUGUCUUUGGUCCAGAUGGCUAAAUGUUUUUAUGCGAAAGUCCAACAUAAUCACUACUUAAUAGUCCAUCAUUGUUUAAACAAACAAAUAAAUUCACAUAAAUUGGCAAAAUACCGUAAAGUCAGAGCAAAUCAUGCAUCAUUGCAUCUCGCAGCAUUUAAAUGUUAACUGCUACCAUACAACCUUAAAACAGUUUAAAUUGGGUUGUUAGUUAUCUAAUGGGAAAAAUGCUCUCCCUCUCUCUCUUAAUUUUUCUCUCUCUGUCUUUCUCUCUGUGUCCAUCUCUCUGUCUCUCUCUCGCUCUCUUUCUUUCUCUCUCUUCGUUUCUCAAACCGCAUAUGUGAAAUGCACAAAGAAUUAGAUCCUUGGUUUAGUUUCUUCAUAAAACCAACGCUUACAUUUUUUUCCCUACCUGGAAUCACUUCACUGAUUGAAACUUAAUCCACAGUUGCUCCAGAAAAGGUCGUGAGAUUUACAAAGAAAAUGCAACAUGCUAAUAAUAUAUUGAAUGUAUAGAAUACACACACACACACACACACACACACACUCACGCGCGCGCAAAGAUCAAUGCAAAUGAACAAAAACAAUGCAAUUAUGUAUACUUCCUUUCAUUUCUGUAAUUAAUUGUAAUUAAAUGUAAUUCUGUUUUCUCUGUUUUAUGCUGUUUUGUUCUCUUUAAUGUACUUUACUAUUCUAUACUAGCUGUUUAUUCCUCGAGUAUUACAUCAAAAGUAUAUUGUUUUGUUAUAAAUGUAUUAAGAUUAUUAAACACUAUUUUCUCUGGGAA